AUGGCGGACGCCAUCACCGAAGCCACGGCCAAGCUGCUGCUUGACGAGGAGACUGGCGAGAUGGUGUCAAAGAACGAACUGGCCAAGCGCACCAAGAAGAGGGCCAAGAAGGCCUUAACCGCAAAGAACAAGGAGAAUGCACCGCCCAAGCCUGCCGCCGCCGCACCAAAGCCCAAGGAGAGGGCCGACGAGCCCAGUCUCGACCCCGAGGCCAUGUUCAAGCAGGGCUUCCUCGCCGAUGUUCAUGCUGAGCGACCCGUCAAGCCUGUGGUCACACGAUUCCCACCUGAGCCCAAUGGCUUCUUGCACAUUGGACACGCCAAGGCCAUUGCUGUGAACUUUGGCUUUGCGAAAUACCACGGCGGCGAGUGCUAUUUGCGAUAUGACGACACCAACCCCGAGGCCGAGGAGGAAAAGUACUUUGUCGCAAUUGAGCAAAUGGUUAGAUGGCUGGGCUUCAGCCCCUACAAGAUUACCUACUCGAGUGACAACUUUCAAAGACUGUACGAUCUUGCCGAGAAGCUCAUUGAGCUUGGCCGAGCUUACGUUUGUCAUUGUAAUGACGAGCAAAUCAAAGCACAGCGUGGUGGCGAAAACCACGGUCCUCGUUUCCGAUGUGAGCACGCCGAGAAGGACGUCGAGACCAACCUGUCAGAGUUCCGUGGCAUGAGAGAUGGCAAAUACAAGCCCAGGGAAGCAUUCCUCCGAAUGAAGAUGGACAUUACGGACGGCAACCCCCAGAUGUGGGAUCUGGCUGCCUAUCGCGUCCUCGAGAAGCCGCACCACCGUACUGGAGAUGCAUGGCGCAUCUAUCCCACCUACGACUUCACGCACUGUCUUUGCGAUAGUUUCGAGGGUAUUACCCACUCUCUAUGUACUACCGAGUUUGUCCAGAGCCGUGUCAGUUACGAAUGGCUGAACAAGCAGCUGGUCGAGCAUCAGCCCAUGCAGCGCGAGUACGGCCGUCUUAGUAUCCAGGGCACCGUUUUGAGUAAGCGCAAGAUCAUGAAGCUGGUCCAGGAAGGCUAUGUCCGUGCGUGGGAUGACCCUCGUCUCUACACUCUCAUUGCCAUCAAGCGACGAGGUGUGCCGCCCGGUGCUAUCUUGGAAUUUGUCAAUGAGCUUGGCAUUACCACUGCACCCACCAUGAUUCAACUUGCCCGCUUCGACCAGACCAUCAGACGCUACUUGGAAAGGACAGUUCCCAGGCUCAUGCUGGUGCUUGACCCCAUCCCAGUGGUCAUUGAAGGCGCCGAGGAGGUCGAGGUUGACGUGCCUUUCAACCCAAAGAUUGCCGCUAUGGGAUCUCACAAGAUCAAGUUUACGCCUACUGUCUACAUUGAUCGCUCUGACUUCCGCGAAGUGGACAGCAAGGACUACUUCCGUCUUGCACCCAACAAGACUGUGGGUCUUCUCCAGGCGCCGUAUCCCAUCAAGGCCGUUUCCUACAGCAAGGACGAGGCGACUGGCAAGGUGACAGAGAUUCGGGCUGUUUUUGACAAGGAAACCAAGAAGCCCAAGACAUUUAUUCACUGGGCAGCGGCCGGCUCUCGCAAGGUCGAGGUUCGCCUGUUCAACUCCUUGUUCAAGUCCGAGAAGCCGGAUGAUGCCGAGGGUGGUUUCUUGAAUGACAUCAACCCAGAAAGUGAAAUCGUGUACCCUGAUGCUUUGAUCGAAUCUGGAUUCGAUGAGGUCAAGGCACGCGCACCCUGGCCCGAGGCUGCUGGUGAGAGCGAGCUCGGCAAGGGAGGACCAGAGAGCGUGCGUUUCCAAGGAAUGCGCGUGGCAUACUUUGCAGUAGACUCGGACAGCACCGACGAUAAGAUUGUACUCAACAAGAUCGUAUCGCUCAAGGAGGAUGCCGGUAAGAGCCAGGGCUAA